CGAUACUAUGUACUACCACCACAACCGUUGUUUUUGCGCUGUCUGGAAUCAAUUUCUUGGCCGUAUAUUGGAAAUGGUCACCUUUUAUAUAUCAUGAUGAUUUCAAGUUACUGCUGCACGCUUUCCCGCCCCCUCCUUCGUUCAUUCCCUUCAGAUUAUGGCCAGUUUACCACUGGCAACAAUAUAUGGCCCUGUUCUUCUGGGUGGAUUUAUUGCUUCUGUAUUAUCUGGAAUAAUAACAGCACAGACAUUCACUUAUAUCAAGCAAUACCCCACUGACACACGCAUCACAAAAUCGAUUGUUGCUUUGAUUUGGGUAUUGGACUCCGUUCAUACCAGUCUCGUGUGCACGGCAUCGUGGAUUUUUAUGAUACAGUGGUCCGGUGAUGAAACCAAGAUAGACUACAUACCUGCUCCAUUAGCAAUAUCCAUUGCGCUGACGGCUUUCCUUACUUUGAUCGUGCACUGUUUCUUUGCGCAUCGAAUUCACAAGCUAACCCAUAACAAUUGGCGGAUCAGUGUUCCUAUUGUUGUAUUCGCUUUCUUGCGAUUGGUUACUGCACUUGUCACCACCUUUGAGAUGAUCGAACUGCAGACCAUGACUGCAUUCAGACACAACAUCGAAUGGGUGUUUACUGCGGGUCUCUCAAUUUCAUGUGUAGUAGACGUCCUUGUCACUACAAGUCUGUGCUUUACGCUGCGCAGAAGUCGGAGCUCGUAUUCGAACAUGGACCGUAUAAUUAACUCGAUUAUCUUGUAUACAUUGGAGAACAAUGCGCUUACGAGUGCCGCCACCAUCAUCUCGAUGAUAUGCUGGGUGACCAUGGACAACCUCGUUUUCCUUGGGGUCCAUUUUGUACUCAGUAAACUUUACGCCAACUCUUUGCUAGCAACCUUGAAUUCCCGUAAACAACUUCAAGAAGAACGGUCGCGUGGAGGCCUUUCAAAUGAGCUUCCGGUUGCUUUUCCCGGCCGGUACCAGUCCAAGUAUUCGAAACGUUUGGAUCCUGGAAAUAAAUUGGAAAUCAAUGUAGAGCGGACUAUCGAGUAUGAAGGAGCCGGUGGCCUUGCGAAACAAAAUCCGCAUAUCCCUUCGGAAAGUCCACCCCCAACAGCUGAUCCGGACCACAUUGCAUCCAACGUAUUGUAGUGAUUAUCUCACCACGACUUCCUCUUCGUGAGUGCUGCGCAAGAUCUUCUCAUUACCUGUUGGUCAAAAUCCAAUCUUCCGUCGCAAUUGCGUACGUUCACAUGACAAGCAAAACACGUCAUGUACUCGUCUCCCCUGUGUUUGUGCGUGUCUCAAUAGUUAUUUUCUUCUGCGUGCAUACAAUUGGUUCAAUCGGACGAGGACUCGGGGGCCGUUGAGAACUACAUUUUAGCACCGCGUAGAAAUCAG